AUGAACGGGCAAACACCCAGAGCUGCCACUCAACGUGAGCAGCUCACCGUCACGACGUCGUCCACCAAGCGUCGCAAAGUUGUUGAAGAGCCUCGCCGACAUCCCAAGGCGCCCUCUAGUGGCUCGGGAGCCAGGCACGCUGAUUCGGAGGAAGGACGUCACGGUCGUUCUUCUAGAAGUCACGACAACAGCCAACCUCGCCCUCAACACCAACACACCAGGAAUCACGGUUCAUAUCUAAAUAAUAAAAGACAACAACAGACCGCCGGUCGUCCAAAACAAUUCGGCUUGUCGUCUCCCUCGCCCUCACCUUCCCUGGCAACCUCCACUUCACCCGCGCCGCCUUCCUUGCCACAACCAUCAUCCCAGUCAACGGCGACCCUGGCAUCAUCCAGAUCGCCCGGCUCGUCACCACGCUACAUUCCCGCGCAUCUCCAGGACGAAGUUCUCGGUGUAGCUAAUUCUAAACCCGCCAGUGUCCGUGCUCCUCCAGAGCAGGUUGCCGCCAACGCGGAUUCUCCAUCUGCGGCCUACGCAGGGCUCACGCUGGACAGUGACCCUGCGACCGAUAUGUCCAGUUCGGAAAAAGAUCAACAACGCGAAGUCCGCUCCUCUUCUCCCGCCGUCAAGCGUCGCAUGUCUCAGAUGAACCAGGACGAGCCUUCUGCAGAGGACAUUGACAUGGACAAUAACAAUACAGAUCAUCAAAUGGAUGAGAGCGACUCCCGGCCAGCUCAGAGAAGAGCUACCUCUGUGGACAUGAUUGGAGCUGAUGGGGACGCCGAAAUGGCGGAUGCAAUUGACAGCAAUAACCACGAGCCGGAUGCCGUCUAUCCUUCUCCUUCCAGUAUGUCAACAUAUAACAGCUCGUCGACAACAAAGGAAGGUGCGAAGAUUCACGACUCCACGUCGGAUGCGGAGCUCCCACCUAUUGAUGAACAGGUCCAGCAAGUCUUAGAGUUGGCCCAAAAGUUCCCAGAGGACAAACAAAAGGGAUAUGUCUUGUCGUACAACUGGCUGAAUCGAGUGCUGGCCCGCAGUUCAAAGGAGCGUGGAUUGAAAGCCAUCGACAAGAAGUUCGCCGAAGGAGAAAUUGGACCCGUCGAUAACUCGGAUAUCAUUCUCGACACAGACCCUUCCCAGAUCUUUCAGGAUGAGAGAGGAGAGCCCUUUGUCCCCUUACGUCCCGGUUUACAGAUGAAUGAGGACUUCGAGAUUGUUCCUCAAGCUGCGUGGGAUCUAAUCAUGAAGUGGUAUGGACUAGCUGAACAAUCACCAGCCAUUGUCCGUUAUGCACACAACACAAGUGAGGGCGACGCUACCAAUAUUCAGUACGAGAUCUCUCCGCCAAUCUACACAGUCCAUAAGCUCCCCGGUUCUGCCGGUGGAAUGUCUCAUCAUACUUUGAGGGAUAAAAGCGCGCCUCCUGUCAAGUUCCUUGCUAGCAGACAGACCAAUUUUCAAAAAUGGCUGAAGAAGGCCAAAGAGCUUGCCCAUAUUGACAUGGCAACCAAGGUUCGUGUAUGGAGGAUUUUAGAUGGACUGAGCAGUACCCAGACGUCAGGCGUCAUUACACCCGCGCAUUCGCGAAGCAACUCCCCUGCCCCAGGAGCUACCUUGGUGGCCAACGCGGGGAACAGUCUGGUACUGGAUGUCAACACAUUCUCCUCUCUCUCAGAUACCCACCGAGAGUUGAUUGAGGAUGCAAAGGAUCAGACGAAUAAUGAAAAGUACAAUGGCAACUCGACAGUUGAUCAUUUUGGGCUCGGUGAUAAUGCCGUCGUGGUUCUUGAAGAGCAAAUUGGCGGGCCUGGAGGUGGUGAAUGGGUUUCUGACGCCUCGAGAUCGACACUGAACCGUCUGGCCAUACCUGGGGCUAAUAGGGCUGGCGCUAAUAAGGUGAAAUCCAAAGCCAUUACUACCACCAGUGGUCGGACAACCCCAGUUUCUGAACCUAUCCGGGGGCGCAAGAAGGAUGGGAGACCAAAGGGCAACACGGGAUUCACGAACCUUGGAAAUACCUGCUACAUGGCAUCGGCAUUGCAAUGUGUUCGCAGUGUGGAAGAACUUACCUUAUACUUUUUGAAUGAUUAUUACAAGAAAGAUCUCAACCCAAGUAACCCAUUAUCACACAAUGGUGAUGUAGCAAAAGCUUACGCCAAUCUGCUUCACGCCGUUUACGACGAGAGCCCUGCAUCCUUUUCUCCGAAACACUUCAAACAUACCAUUGGACGAUACGGACCUGCAUUUUCUGGAUACGGUCAGCAAGAUUCUCAGGAAUUCGUUCUCUUCCUUCUUGAUGGUCUACAGGAAGAUCUUAAUCGUAUUCAGAAGAAGCCGUACAUUGAAAAGCCGGAUUCUACCGAUGAGAUGGUACACGAUGCAGUUGCCUUGAAAGGCUUUGCCGACAGGUGCUGGGAGAUCUACAAAGCACGCAAUGACUCGGUUAUAACAGACCUGUUUGCAGGAAUGUACAAAUCUACACUGCAUUGUCCUGUGUGCGACAAAGUCAGCAUCAUUUUCGACCCCUUCAACAACCUUACACUACAGCUGCCUAUCGAGAACUUGUGGACCAAGGACAUCUUUUUCUUCCCUCUACAUAAACCGCCCGUACUUAUUGAUGUUGAAAUAGAUAAGAAUGCCAGCAUCAAAGCACUGAAAGAACUUGUGGCACAGAAGACAGGUACUGAUCCACAAAAACUUGUCAUGGCGGAAAUCUAUAAGAGCAAAUUCUACAGGUUGUUCGACAACACCGGCACCAUUGCCGAUAGCAAUAUCAGUGCAGGGGAUGAUAUUGGUAUCUUUGAAGUCGAGAUGAUUCCCACCAACUACAACCCAGACCGCCCCAAGAAGUCAUCUUACACAAUGUCCUUUAACAGUAUGGACCAUGAGGAUGUCCCCAAGAUUGACUCUCCCCGAGCCGAUCGUCUUCUCGUUCCGGUUUUUAAUCGAGUUCAACGAUCAGUCGGUCGAACUGGAACAAAACAAACUUUUGGCGCACCCUCAUUCAUCGUUGUGACCAGAGAGGAUGCUCAAGACUAUGAUGCUAUUCUACGUAAGGUUCUGCAAGAGGUGGCGACGUUGACUACACGUGAUUUCCUUAAUGAGAGCGCAGGCGAUGAGGAAACUACACAAGACGACAACGCAGAUUCUGACGCCGUGAUAAUGAACGCGGAUGACGAUGACUCUGACUCCAAGGUCAAAGCUGCGUCUGUGGAGGGUGAAGAAGGGCUUGUCGAUGUGUCUAUGGAGGACGCUAGCGAUACAAAGAAAACUCCUGAUGAAUCUUCCAAGCAGACUACUAAGAAGUCGCCUCCGAUGCGUUUCCGAAACCUCUUUGAAAUGAAAUAUGUCAGGUCAAGGCACGAAGUCAUUCCCCUGGGUUUCUCUUCAGUAGAUGAUCAUACCAACUAUCCACUGGUUUCGUCUCGAGCUCCCAAACCGAAGCCUAAACUGAAACAGUCAGUUCGCAAAGCCCAAUCAAAAGAGAGUCCCGACAGUCCUGUUAGUAGCGAAGAUGAAAUCAAUACCAUCCGAAAUAUGAAGGACCAGAAGCCUUCUCGUACUAGCGGGUCCUCGAGCGAGUUUGGUAAACUGACCAACGGCGACUCCAGCGAUUCUGAAGACGAACUCAGCACCAUUUCCAGACGACUGACCGAGACUACUAAAGACGAAGAGCCAGUCUACUUUAUUCGUCCUGGCGAGGGAAUUGUUCUCGAUUGGAAGGAGACUAGCCAUGACGGACUCUUCGGUGCCGACCAGAAAGACCGUAAUGAGUUACGUGGUGCGCCAACAUGGACAAACGUUGAGCACCUACCUGACCCAGAGCUAGCUAGUAAACGCGCACAGCGGGCGAACCGCAGAAAAAAGGGGCUUUCGCUGGAUCAGUGUCUGGAUGAGUUCGGUCGGGAGGAGAUUUUGUCUGAAAAUGAUGCUUGGUACUGCCCACGUUGUAAGGAACAUCGUCGGGCAAGCAAGAAAUUUGAGCUUUGGAAGACCCCUGAUAUCUUGGUCAUUCAUCUCAAGCGAUUCAGUGCUAGUCGGGGUUUCAGGGAUAAGAUCGACGAACUAGUCGAUUUCCCUAUAGAAGGGCUUGACCUGAACGGACGCGUCGCAUCUGCCGAACCUGACGAGAGUCUUAUCUACGAUCUCUUUGCAGUUGAUAAUCAUUAUGGUGGUCUUGGUGGAGGGCAUUAUACUGCUUAUGCCAAGAAUUUUUUGACGAACGAGUGGAAUGAAUAUAACGACUCUCAUGUAUCAAAAGCUAUCAACCCCGCCAAGGUUGUAUCGACAGCUGCCUAUCUCUUAUUCUAUCGCCGACGAUCUGAUCGCCCUCUCGGAGGCAAAUUGCUACAAGAAAUUACCGAAACUUCGACAAGAGCCAACUCCGAUGAUGAAGAAGAUACCUCGUCGCCGGCGGGGGAAGGCAGGCGCCUCGUCGACUCCUCCCGCGAUGGGUCUACGAGCGCCUUAGCCGGAGCCGGAGCAGCUCACCAAGCGGGAGUUGGUGGUUUGCAAGCCGAGCCCCAAGUGAGGAGCGUGGAGGUUGAUUCUAGCGAUGGCGAAGAAUUACCACCUUAUGAACAAAAGCAUCAACAUAGUUCUUCGAAUUUCUCUAUUAUGGACCAACCAGCUUGGUCUUUUGCCAACAUCACGGGGCCUGUUUCGGAUGACGACGAUGGACUGUUUGAUGAUGAUGACGAUAAUGAUAGCAAUAAAGCAGUUGGUGGAGGUGAUAUGAGCGACCUCGAGCAGCAUUUUAAUGGGGAUGCAGGUGAUGAAAGCGCCAAGUUCCAUUCUGUCAUUGAUGAUAUUGGAACUGCCAGCGAUGGUGAUGAGGAUUUGCCGGUUGUCGAAUUACGUGUAAAUGAAGAUGACCAGGUCGUGCCGGAGUUAGGUGACAGUCAAGAAGACUAG